AUGGGAAAGUUCUUCAGAGUCCGUUCCCUAGUUUGGGACAGGAGGCUGUCAUAUUUUUUUCUCCUGAUGUCUUUUCUUCUGCUGCUCAGCAAGGGGGAGAGAAUGUGCCCAGCAAGUUGUCGCUGCGAAGUGAAGAUUGUUUAUUGCGAGUCUGGCAUUUUUCAAGACAUCCCAGAAAACAUCUCUACUGGAUGCCAGGGUCUGUCCCUGCGCUUCAACCGCUUAGUGACUCUGCUGCCUUACCAAUUCGCUCAUCUCAACCAGCUCAUCUGGCUCUACCUGGACCACAAUUCCAUCACCGCCAUAGAUAGCUUAGCCUUCCAGGGCGUGCGUAGGCUCAAAGAACUGAUUCUUAGCUCCAACAAGAUCACACUUUUACACAAUAAGGCUUUCAAUGCUGUACCAAACCUGCGCAAUCUUGAUUUUUCCUACAACCAGCUACAGUCUCUACAGCCAGGUCAUUUCUAUGGUCUGCGUAAGCUCCAAAACCUUCACCUACGGUCCAAUGGUCUCAACAGUAUACCUGUACGGACUUUUCUGGAGUGUCGCAGCCUGGAGUUCCUGGACCUGGGUUACAAUCACCUACGCACCCUAUUCCGCACCACCUUCUUGGGGUUGUUCAAGUUGAAAGAGCUUCAUCUGGAGCAUAAUCAAUUUUCAAGGAUUAAUUUGUUUCUUUUCCCACGCCUUAGCAAUCUACAGGUCCUCUACUUGCAAUGGAACCGGAUACGAGCCGUCAAUCAGGGCCUGCCAUGGAUCUGGCAUACGCUGCAGAAAUUAGACCUCUCAGGAAAUGACAUCCAGAUCCUGGACCCAGCUGUUUUCCAGUGUAUGCCAAACUUACAAAUACUCCAUCUUGAAUCCAACAAGCUGAGCAACAUGUCUCAGGAUGUGGUUUCAGCCUGGGUCUCCCUCACCACCAUCAGCCUGGUGGGUAAUGCCUGGGACUGCAGCCCUACCAUCUGCCCCCUGGUGACCUGGCUGAAGAACUUCAGAGGCUCAAAGGACAUCAAAAUUAUAUGCAGCAGCCCCAAGUCAGUUCAGGGAGACAGAGUAAUGGACAUAGUGAGGAACUACACAAUCUGUGUGAACAUAUCAGUUGUAGAGCAAACCACAGCUACGAUCAUGAGGCAAACCACAGCCUCAGAUGUGGAAACAAAAAAGCCUACCACACCUCCUCCUUCCACGACCACAACAACCCUGACCUCAAUCUCUCCAGAAUCCUCAUCAUUUUUCCCAGAACUAGAGUUUGAGCAUAUGGCCUUCCAUAAAAUCAUUGCAGGCAGUGUAGCCCUAUUUCUCUCUGUGUCAUUGAUCCUGCUGGUAAUUUAUGUCUCAUGGAAGCGCUACCCCAAUAGCAUGAGGCAGCUGCAGCAGCACUCAGUCAACCGCAAGCACAGAAAAAAGGCCCGGAAGCAGAAGCUUAACCUUAACUCUCAGUUACAAGAGUAUUAUUUGACUUAUACAAACUCUCAGACCAUGGAUGCAUUGGUAAAUGAGACAAGGGCCUACACCUGCACAAUCUCAGGAUCCAGAGAAUGUGAGGUAUAA